UUUAAAAAAAGUAGGACAAUUUUCAAUUUCAAUUUCAUCUAUCCGCCGGACCCAAUCCUUCACCUCCCGGCUAACAGUCCUUAUCUUGGACGCUUCAUUUCAGGCUCAGGCUAAGAAUAAGCAGUUUGUACAAUUACAUAGUCGUAGACAGCCCCUACCCAUGGCUGGCACUCUCCUCUGUAAUGCCUCCUCGGCUUCUGCUUUUCUCGCCCGCACCUCAUCCUCAAAGACUUCCCUUUCGCUUCCUUUGAAGCCCCUCGCUUUGCGCUCUUUCUCCCCAAGUUCGCGUACCGGAUUUUUCAGGAUUUAUGCGUUAACUAGCAACGACAUCAAAGUUGGCACCAAUAUUGAAGUGGAUGGAGCUCCUUGGCGUGUAUUAGAGUUCCUUCAUGUUAAACCCGGCAAAGGAGCAGCUUUUGUGAGGACUAAAAUUCGCAAUUACGUGACCGGAAAUACGGUUGAGAAGACUUUUCGAGCAGGAAGUUCGCUUGAAGAGGCCAAUGUAUACAAGGAAGUCAAGCAGUUCACUUACAAAGACGGUUCCCAGUUUGUUUUCAUGGACCUGAAUACGUAUGAAGAAAUACGCUUGAAUGCAGCAGACGUUGGUGAUAGGACAAAGUGGCUAAAAGAAGGAAUGGACUGUAUCGUACUGUUUUGGAAUGGGAAGGUCAUUGAUUUUGAGGUUCCCAUCACAAUUCAGUUGACUGUGGUUGAUGUUGAUCCUGGACUGAAAGGUGACACGGCACAAGGUGGUUCGAAGCCCGCUACACUUGAAACUGGUGCCGUUGUUAGUGUCCCUCUGUUUAUAAAUGUAGGCGAUAGUAUUGUGAUAGAUACAAGGACUGGACAAUACACGAGCCGAGCAUGAAUUUGACACACCUAAUAGUUAAAACUCAUUGGUGAGAAUGCCUAGUCAGUACCCUUCGAAAGAGCAAUUAUUUUGUUGAUUUUUUUGGCCUCUUUGUAGAUUGAGCUCGUGAAAGAUCGGCAAUGGAGCUGCAAAGAUUUUGUCUCCCAGUUAUUAAGAUUUGGAUUAUUUUGUUAUUGGUGAAGUAAAGAAUACCAAAUUAUUGUGAAGCAGUCAAGUUGUAUCUGAAAGUAUGCGAGAAGUAAUUCAAUCAUCGGCAGAAAAUUGAUAAUUGCGUUUGCAUAAAAUUUAAUUUUGCUAUUUAA